AUGUCGCAGAAUUUAACAGAGGAACAAAUUGCAGAAUUCAAAGAGGCAUUUGCCUUGUUCGAUAAGGAUAAUAGCGGCUCCAUUUCUGCUAGUGAGUUGGCUACCGUGAUGAGAUCUUUGGGUCUUUCGCCCAGUGAAGCCGAAGUUGCUGACUUGAUGAACGAAAUUGAUGUUGAUGGUAACCAUGCCAUUGAAUUCAGUGAGUUUUUAGCGUUAAUGUCCAGACAAUUGAAGUGUAACGAUUCGGAACAAGAGUUGUUGGAAGCUUUCAAGGUGUUUGAUAAGAACGGGGAUGGUUUGAUCUCUGCUGCAGAGUUGAAACAUGUUUUGACGUCGAUUGGUGAAAAAUUGACCGAUGCGGAAGUCGAUGAAAUGUUGAGAGAAGUUAGCGAUGGCUCGGGUGAAAUUAACAUCAAACAAUUUGCUGCCCUUCUAUCCAAAUAG